CCCUGCGCUGGGUAACCACACUUGAGUUACGCGCGUUGACUAGGCCUAGGUGAACCCCCACAGCUGAAUGAUGAUGGCGUAAAUCUUGAUAUAUUAUGUUUCCUUCUGAGUUCGAAAUAGUUGGUGGCUUAAAAAAAUGAAUCAUUGAAAGGAUAAAUGAAAAAUGGACGAUGUUAAGGAAGAAGAGAGGGAAAAGCGAACUUUAGAUUUGCUUGUACUGCUGAAAAAUGACUUUGAAAUUAAAAUCCUACCAAAGAUUUGUGAAGAAUUGAUAGCCUUGACUGAGUACGAGAGCUGCCAGAAUGUACUGAUUCAAUACAAUGGUCAUCAUCCGGUCUUGGAUACAAUGUCCAGUCAAAGUAAUGACAAGCAAACACAACAAACAUGUUGUGAUGCCCUUUAUUGCAUGAUGAAUUCCAACGACAAAUUGCGGGAAUUGAUACAGAAAAGUCCAGCUUCUGGACAAGUUAUUGAAGCAUUAGAGAAGUUUCCAGAGGCUGCCAGCCUACAAGCAGUAGGGCUUCGGGCUAUUAGUCUCCUGGCUACCUCCAAAACUGUGUGCAAUAGGCUGAUCCGUGAUGAGGAGAUUUUGUCAGUGGUGUUGGAUGCUAUGAAGUCCUUUCUAAUGGAUGCAAUGGUACAGGCAGCUGGCUGCAUGGCCUUGCAUUACUUGCUUGCUGCAGAUGUAGAAGAUCAGAAGCAAUUUUUUGCUGAGGAAAAAUAUUUUGUGAUCAUGGAUGCCAUUGAGAAUCAUGUGGACAAACCGUGUGUAUUGCAGGAAGCGUUUUGGGCCUUAAACACUGUAGCUUUUCCAGAUGAGACAUAUGAUGUGUUGCUGUCCACAUCGCAUAAACAUUUGUUCAGUGCAAUGGCUAGGUUUCCUGAGAAUCUUGGUGUACAGAUGGCCGGCUGCACUGUCAUUGAAACCUUUGCUAGAUCAGAUGAAAGUACUAAUUUCUUGGAAGUGAAUGGAGCAUCAAGACUUAUUUUAGCUGCUAUCAGAAACUUCCCAAAUGAUUCUGAUCUACAAGCUGUAGCCUUUAAUUUGCUUGACCUUCUAGGUACUGCAAUUGAUAACAACUCUAAAGUGUCUGGUUCUAAUUCUGAAACUGACUGGAUUGAGGAAGCACACACAGCACUUACAGCUCAUCGAAAUCAGCCACAAGUUUUGGAUGCUGUUUGUAGAUCUAUAGUAAGGCUACUGAUAGAUAGACCAGAAUGCAUUGCAAAGACUGUUGAUGAAGAUUUAAAUUUGAGCUUGGACAGUCCUAUACUAGCUUGCCUCAUGCUAUACAUGGAGAAUGCAGAUGUUGCAGAAUCAGCCUGUACCGCCCUCUAUCAGAUCAUGACAUGCUCAGAACACUUUCAAAAGAGUCUAAUGGAAAAAGGUGUUGGUUUUGAAAUUACAAGAACCAUGCAGAUGUAUGGACAGAAUCCAUUUGUACUAAGUGCAGCAUGCCAAGCUCUUCUAGGCCUCUGUAACUCAAAUGAGAAGCACAAAGAGCACCUGAUUCAAUCUGUACAAACUUUGCAUGAAGUGUUUGCAGCAGUACGCCAACAUUGGUCUGAACCUACCCUUGUGACAGCAGCAAUUCAACUGGUCACAUGUUUAGCUGAAAAUGAUGUUUUUCGUAAUCAGUGUCUGACUGAAGGUGUACAUGAGGUUAUCUUGGAGAGCAUGGUGGGUAGCAAGAUGGAUGCCAGCACCCAGAGUGUUAUGCUUGAGGCAUUGGCAGUAUUAUCAACAGCAGAGGGUAUGGUUAAUAUACUGAGUCAAAGUGAUGCUUACUCUCUUACUGUUGAGGUAAUGAACUGCCAUCCGAACAAUAUAGACAUCAUAAUGAAGGGCUGUAUCCUUCUCCAAGCAUUACUGAGUGAAGUAAAAGAAUUGAGUGGAAUUGAAGAAGCUGCAACAGUCAUUAUAAAAGCUAUGGAACACUUUGCUGAUGUUGAUAACACAUCUCAAGAGGGAAGCAGACAAUGUAUUGAGAAGCUUGCUGUGAUAAAAUCUCUUCAGGAAGAGGGCUGUGUGGUGUUGCUGUUACUGGCAGGAAUGUCCAUGGAUGUUGCCAAAAUACUGGUGGAUCUCCAAAUCCAUGAUAGACUGUUCCACAUCCUGGAAAAAUAUGGUGAUGAUGAACAAAUAGUGAACCUGGCAUGUGAGUGUCUUGCUAUCCUCAGCUGUUUCAAGGACCAGAUUCUUAGCUCAGCUUGUAUUGAAGGGCGCUUACAGGCUGUUGAGUUACUUGUGCAGCUGGGUGCAGAUGUGAAUGCUGGAGGUGGCAGUGAUCCUCCAAUACUCAAUGCCAUCAAAAAUCACAAUGUUCCACUGGUUGAGUUCCUUCUUAAACAGGGAGUGAAUGAUCUACAUGACUGUUUGAAAGUGAGUUUGUCCGAGAAUGAUGAGAUUACUGGCUUACUACUUAUGUACAUUGGCUUAGACAUUGAAGCUGGUAUUGUGUCAUGGAGUGGACUGCAGUUAAAUGAUGUUCAUCCUAAAUGGUUUUAUGCUACUUUCUAUUCUGCGAGUGAAUUAGUUGAAGGGGCAGGCACUACUACAGAAGUAGAUGGUAGUUCAGCAAUUGUACAACGCAUCAUAACAAGAAAAGAAAAGCGUGAACAACGUCAGGCUCGGAAGAGUGUUCUAACAGGAAUUGAUGGAAAGUCACGCUCUAAAGUCAGGCCUAGGGGAUUGAUAGGGUCAACGUUAAGUGCUUUAAAUUCGACUAACUGCUCUGAUGUAAACAGCAGAAGAUCUUCAUUUGGGUUUAGCUCUGGAGAAGAUUCUGUACUGCAGGAUGAUCUAUGGUCACCACAAUCUAAUUAUUCAGGCGGGCGGAUGAGAAGAGCAUCAACGACUGAUUGUUUAUACAAUCCAACUCCAGUAAGAAGCAGAAUGCGUAAGCCUUCCAUAGAUGAGAGUGUUCUGCGGCCAUCUCUGUCAGUUUCAGCAAUAUGUGACAAUUCCUUCCUAAGUAUUUACCAUACAUCCAAGUCCAGCAUCCGUUGUUUACCAGUCAAUCCUCAUGAUCCUAGGUUAUUUGAAAAUUAUGCUAGUGGAACAUCUCCUGAUAUUUUGCACACACUAAGCUCCACAUCAGGUGCAUCAAGGAUUAGCACGCCCUCAAAAGGUGACACUUCGUCAUCCACGCCAUCGCCACCAAUUCCAAGGAACCGUCAACGAACAUUAUCAAUACAGGACAAACGAUCAUUGUUUGCCAACAGUAACCAGGAGCCUCUAUCACAUAUGCACGAAGAUAGCAUGGAUGGUACUAACCAAGCAAUUCCAGAUAUCAUUUUAGAAUCCUGUGGGGAAAUUCCAACAACCAGUACACCUCUUCCUUCAGAAGUGAAGAAACGCCGUUCUCACUCGGCUUGUACAUCUGCCACUGAGAAACAUGAGGUAAUCCAGUGCCGAAUACAUUUUUUAGACCUGUCGUCCAAUAGGAUCCCGAGUUUGGAACCAUUGCUCCAAGCUGAUAUUCAUCUCCUAAGGUGCUUCAUUUGCCUACAAAAGCUGGAUCUUAGCAACAACUUGCUGUCUGUCUUUCCAUCAAAACUGUCACCAUACUUAUCUAAUUUAAAACACCUUGACUUGCGUAACAAUAAGCUGAAGGAUUUUCCGACACAUAUGUUCACGUCCAGCAGCAAACUGGAAAGCCUAGACGUGUCCCACAACAAGAUUAGUGAUGUAUCUAAGCAACCUGGUGAUUCCUGUUUCUCGUUGCAUGAGCUGAACCUGUCCAAUAAUAACAUCCAGGUGUUCCCAAAGUGGUUGCGUAACUAUGUCCCUGCUCUACAAAUCCUCAACAUAUCCUGCAAUAAUUUGGAAAAACUUGAAAACAUUCCAUUGCAACUACUGCAUCUCAGGACACUUAAAUUAUGUGAUAAUGCCUUGGUUGAUAUACCUCAUAAGUUCCUGCUUAACAUGUCAAAGCUGGAAACAUUACAUGCUUCGAAUAAUCAGCUCUCUUCUCUUCCUGAUGACCUUGGUAGUCACAUGACCCAACUUACAACUGUAAAGCUUUCUAAAAACAAUCUUGCCAUCAACGAGCAUCCAUACAUUCCAAGGUUCCUGCUGAAGUUGCCAUGGGUGAAAAGCAUAGAUUUAAGUGGUAACCGACUGACAGUUUUACCUGAUCCUUCAUACUGGAAAAGCCAGUCACUUCGGGAACUGCUGUUUGCAGACAAUUCCAUACGGAAGCUUGAUCUCGGUGAUAGUAUCAGGAGCUGGCGCAUGUUGGAGCGUUUGAGUCUGCGAAAUAACAAGUUAAGUCAGAUACCUAAAGAAUUAGGGCAGUUGACGUCACUAACAACCCUUGACUUGAGUCAAAACCGUGAACUUUCAACUUUACCUGACGAGCUUGGAAGACUUAACAGAUUAUGGGAACUGCCACUUGAUGGGUUGCGGUUAGACUUGCCUCCAGCCAUUUUAAAGGGCAGAACCAAAGACAUAGUGACCUUUCUCCAUCAGAGGUUAAAACGAGCCGUUCCCUACAAUCGUAUGAAACUGAUGCUAGUAGGUUAUGGAGGUCGUGGGAAAACAACCUUGAUACGCCGGCUUCAAAGGGAGAAGGUCUCAAAGAAUAUUGCAACUGUUGGUGUCAAUGUUAAAGAGUGGAAAAUAUCUGUUAAGCAUGACCGGAAGCCUGUUGAUUUCUUGUUAAGUACUUGGGACUUUGCAGGCCAAGAAGACUUCUAUAGUACUCACCCUUGCUUUUUAACAGGAAGAGCGCUUUAUUUAGUAGUGUUUGACUUGAGCAAGGGAAUAAAUGAGAUUAACACUAUUCGUCCCUGGCUGCUGACCAUUCAAGCACUGGCACCAUCAUGCCCUGUCAUCUUGGUUGGCACUCACAAAGAUAAGGUUCCAAAAGAUCAGCAAGAUGUAAUCCUAUCCGGAAUUAGUGAGCAGAUCCAACAGCUUUGUUCUGUACGUGGUUUUCCAAAAAUUCAAGAGUAUGUGGAAGUCUCGAAUACAUCCGAGAAUGAAAGCAUCGAUCAUCUACGCAAAGUUAUUGCAAGAGUUAUUGAGAGGAUGAAAAUUCGAGGAAAGCCAAUAAUAGGCCAGAUGAUCCCUUAUAGCUACCUGACACUGCAGAAGUUGAUUUCUCGUAGAGCUCAGGUACUCAGAGACGCCAAGAAGCCACCAGUACUGCUCUCUCAUCAGAUCCACCAGAUGAUCAAGGAUGAAAACGUCCUCCUGGAUGAAAAUAUUCUAUCACAAAGGCUGUGCGGUUUUUACAUGAGACUGGAGUGA